UUGCGGAAAAGAAAUUAGUGGUGUUAAAACAAAUUGCUGUGAACUCUGACAGCCCUGUUGGCAACCAUUAUAUGUUGUAUUGUAGACUGGACAGUGUGGUGAUGGUUUUAGAGAUUGACGAGGGGGGGGGGUUGGUCUUCAUAAAUUAUUCAAUCCAGGUUGUUCACCUGAGAAGUCUGUUCCACGUCGCUGUCAAAGGAUUGUGUUCCACCAGAAAGGUUACCGCCAUAUUCAGAGCAGCCAACCAUGUGUAAGAAUGUGUAUCAUCAUGUAAAGUGAAGGUCUGUCGGCUUGUUUACGGUGUGGAGUCCUAUAUGAUUUCAUUCAGAAAAUGGAGGCGAGGCAGCUGAAAAGAAAUGUUCAAGCCCUUAUUGGUGAUUACAUUGGGCAGAAACUCAGAGAGAACUCUUUUGAUCCAAAGGGGAAGGGGAGCUCCACAAUGCUGGAUGACCUGGCUCACUACGACCUGGCCAUUAGUGUCGCCCUUUGGUGGUUGGACAAAGAAGAGGGACGGGACGUGCUGGACCGAGACAUCAUUGGAGCAACAAGCAGCUCAGGAAGUGCCCAGUAUCCUAAUCGCUUAGAACGGGAGGCCAUGAUUCUGUCGUCCUUUGCUGGGAUAAUUAUGAGCAGCCUGCCGGUGGAGGAGAUCUUGGCUCUGUACAGGUGUAAACCAGCUGCUUCGUACCUCAACCAGCAAUCCAAGGGCACACUGGUGUAUCCCUUCACUCUCUCCUACCAUCCGUUUGCAAUGCUCGGCUCUUACAAGGCUGUGUACCACUCCAAGAAGCACAGUCAAAAGUUGAAAAGAUGGCUGUCUGAGAGAAUGAAGGCGAGUGCUCCGCCUGGACGAGUGUCGGUGCACUCUUCAUCAUCGUCCUCCUCGUCUCACUCCUUCCUCAGUGACAACAGUGAUCGCCACGAGGAAAGAGCUGAGCACUAUGAAGGUUCACUGGAGUCUCUGCACGACUGAAGUCACCCUCCUGCUGUUUGGUUUCAUCCUCAUGACAGACUUUAUAUCUACUUUAUUGAAGAAAAAAGUGUUUGAGUACAAGAGUUUAUCACUUCUGCUAUCUUUACUUUAAGUGUUCACUUUAUACUGUCACACUGAAACUGAAAAUCUUUAAAGAUAAAUAGAAAUUUUCAGCAUUUGAAGGACAAAUUUUCAUUAAAAGACGUGAUAAUGACAUUAAAAUGAUGGUGGUUGUGGCUGAUAUCCUCUUGUACAGUGUAAGAUGAUAUAUGUUAAUAUAUGUCCUGCUUAGAGUAAGAGAGAGUUAAAGAGGUAAUAUGGAGUACGGUCGACAUAUCUGACCUGAAACUUGAUAAAUGCUGUUUAAUAAUUAAAUUGUAUUUUACGAAAAUAACACUCCAUGCCUCAAAUUACAAAAUGUUAUGCCAAUAACAUGUGACUAAAUUAAUAAAUAACUACCUAUAUGUACUUUA